AUGUCGAGGACGCAAAUUUGCCUAUGUAGUGCUAUUCUUGUUUGGUCUUUAUUUUGUUCUUCUCUACUUGUUACUGCACAAAUUACUCAUCCAUUGGAAGUGAAAGCUUUGAAAUCGGUUUGGCGUGAACUCGAAGAUCCGUUCAAGAGGCUUAACUGGAAAAAGAAGGAUCCGUGUAAUUCAAGUUGGACAGGGGUAAUCUGCAGCCUCAACCCGGAUUUAGAAGAUGGUUAUCUCCACAUCCAAGAAUUACGUUUGCUAAACAUGAAUCUCUCUGGAAAAUUAGCCCCUGAACUUGGUCAAUUCUCUCAUAUCACUAUAUUGAAUUUUAUGUGGAAUAACAUCAGUGGCAGCAUACCAAAGGAGAUUGGAAAUAUGACAUCUUUGCGUCUUUUGCUUUUGAGUGGAAAUCAAAUAUCAGGUUCUUUGCCAGAUGAGCUUGGUAAUCUCCAGAACAUAACUAAAUUUCAACUGGACAUAAAUUGCAUAUCAGGACCAAUUCCUAAAUCGUUUGCAAAUCUGCGCAACGUCAAGCACUUUCACAUGAACAACAAUUCAAUCAGUGGUCAGAUUCCACCAGAGCUAUAUAAAUUACCUGAACUUGUGCAUUUCCUGUUUGACAACAACAACUUAUCAGGGUAUCUUCCUACAGAGCUUUUUCAGAUGCCAAACAUCAGAAUCUUCCAAGUGAACAACAACAACUUCAGUGGGACUCAAAUUCCUGAUUCAUAUACAAAUAUGCCCAAAUUGUUGAAACUGGCUCUAAGGAACUGCAACUUGCAAGGCAGCAUUCCCGAUUUCAGUCGAAUACCAGGUCUCCGUUACUUAGAUCUUAGUUCAAAUCACCUUAGUGGAAGUCUACCAACAAACAGGUUCUCCGAGAAUAUGACUACUAUUGACUUAUCGAAGAAUGCGCUUAAUGGAUCAAUCCCUUUAAAUUUUUCGGGCCUUCCUCGUCUCCAGAGAUUGUCACUUGAGAACAAUUCGUUAAGUGGUACUAUUCCCUCUACUUUCUGGCAGAAUAUCAUCUUUGGUCCAGAUACCAAACUUACCUUGAAUCUUCAAAAUAACUUACUUUCAAAUAUAUCAGGCAGUCUAUAUCCUCCUCCAAAUGUCACUAUCAAGCUUCAAGGUAAUCCUAUUUGUACAAGAGAAACCGAACUAGAUAUAGUCCGGUUUUGUGGACCAAGCGACGGAGAUCUCGAGGAGUCUCCUGGAAACUCAAGUAGUUAUUCCCCUAAUGGUUGCAAACCUCAAUCCUGUCCAUCCUCCGAAUCCUUUGAAUAUGUUCCAGAAUCUCCCAUUCCUUGCUAUUGUGCUGCACCUCUUGGAGUUGGGAUGAGACUGAGAAGUCCUAGCUUUUCAGAUUUUCGUCCGUUUAUUGGAGAAUUGCGGUCACUCUUGACCACCAGUCUUGCCUUGGAUCUUUAUCAACUUGUCAUUGACUCGUUUAUAUGGCAAGAGGGUCCGAGGCUCCAACUCUAUAUAAAACUUUUCCCCCAAUAUAGCAAUGAUUCUGGUACAUUUAAUGGAACUGAGCUCGAGCGUAUCAUGAACAGGUUUGCCACAUUUUUAUUCCCUCCAACCGAUACCUUUGGUCCAUAUGAUCUCCUAAAUUUUACUCUCCGCGGGCCUUAUGAAAACGUUGUUUUCGUACAUUCGGGAUCAGGUAUGAGCAAAGGGCUUCUGAUUGGAAUUGUUUUAGGAGCGAUCUUUUGUGGCAUUACAAUAUUUUUGGCGGUCGCAUUUGUUCUUUCCAAAACAUACCCCAAAUUCCAAGAAAUAUUUGUGAAGAAGAAACAAACUGGUGGGAAAAUUUCUUGUAAAGUUGAAGGUGUAAAAGGAUUCAGUUUUGGUGAACUUGAAAGAGCAACAAGCAGCUUUAAUAUCACUUGUGAAGUUGGGAAAGGAGGCUAUGGAAAAGUUUACAAAGGCAUUCUAACCGAUGGCACGGUUGUGGCGGUCAAGCGAGCGCAACAAGGAUCCUUGCAGGGCGAGAGAGAGUUUUUCACUGAGAUAGAAUUGUUAUCGCGAGUACAUCAUCGCAACUUGGUUUCAUUAGUUGGCUAUUGUGACAAAGAACGGGAGCAGAUGUUAGUGUAUGAAUUUAUGGCUAAUGGUUCUCUUCACAAUCUCCUCUCUGCUAGGUUCAGAAGUUCUCUUAGUUUUGAGAUGAGAAUGAGGAUUGCAUUAGACUCAGCGAAGGGCAUUCUGUAUCUUCAUACUGAAGCUGAUCCACCAAUAAUUCACCGUGAUAUAAAGGCAAACAACAUAUUGUUGGACUCCAAAUUUACUGCAAAAGUUUCCGAUUUUGGAAUCUCAAGGCUCGCGCCAGUGUCCGAUACCAAAGGAUCGGAAACUGCUCAUGUAUCCACAGUUGUGAAAGGCACUCCAGGCUAUCUAGAUCCGGAAUAUCUCUUAACUCACAAGUUAACGGAUAAGAGUGACGUUUACAGCCUUGGAAUAGUAUUUCUAGAACUCCUUACAGGAAUGCCACCUAUUUCUCAUGGUAGAAACAUUGUUCGAGAGGUUCAUGCAGCAUGUGAAUCCGGAACAAUGCUCUCCGUCAUUGAUCGGGACAUGGGUACGUACGAUACAGAAUGUGUCAAGAAAUUUAUGCAGUUGGCCCUCAAGUGCUGCCAUGACGAGACGAAAAGGCGGCCUUCGAUGCUGGAAGUGGUGAGAGAGUUGGAGAACUUACGAUCAAUGCUUUCUCAAUCCGACGCGAAUCGAUUGGAAUCGAAUGCAUCAUCUUCGGAAACAUCAGGAUUUGCACCAACAUCAUCACGCCACAAUGGAAGGAACGUCACUUAUGUAUCGUCUGAUAGUUAUGUGGGAAGUGAUCUUGUUAGCGGAGUUUUCCCCAAUAUCAAGCCUCGCUAAGUAUGGUUUAAUGCCACACCAACAAUGUAAACUUCUCUCUUUGUCAAGCUUUUUACAUUUCAUGUGUUUAUUGCUUGAUGGCAAAGUAGUUUUGGUGUCCCCUCACGUGAGCGUUUUUGUACCUUCUAUGUAUUUUCCAUAGUUCCACUAUA